UUUAGUUAUGGUGAAAAUGUUCUGAGGUUCUUGUUAUAAGUCCCUCAAAAAGGUUUUUGCUUCUCCAUAGAACCCUUCCUUUCAGAUUUCCCCAGUGGUAGUAAUGACAACAGUGCAUUUACCGUUAAUAUACGAAUAAAUUGGGCUCAUUGAUUAAUUAUUUACGUUGCGCUUCUAGAAUUCUCGAUACUUUUCAGAUAAUGAAAAAACCGCAGUUUUCUUGGGUUUCAGGUGUUAACUUAAUGGUUGGAUUUUUUUUCUUCGCCGAUAGAUAAUGAUGUAUUGAAAGAUAUUUGCAUUUUAGCUGCUCUGUGUUUUCAAUUAAAAUUUUGAAUGCAUGGCUACUGUAAAUCAGCAUAGAUGUUUGAAUACUUCUCUUUAGCAAUGAGCAUUCUGAUUGCACAACUGCAUUUGAAGGGCAGAUCCAAGCCUGCCGUUAGCAAUGGAACAGAUGUAUAUUUUUGGAACAGUGGAACAGAUUAUAUUUUUACCAUUUGCUUUUGAGUACAAAAUCUAUCCGAUGGUGCAGGUUUACCAUAAACUUCCAAAAGCUUUCGAUGCGCUUCGUCUGCACUUCUCUUCCAAUGGAAACAGAAAGCACAAACAUGUAAAUAAGCAACAUUAGCUACUUAACAUUUUCAAUGCAGUUAAAAUUGAACUUGUUGUGUAAUACUCAAACUUGUGACUUGUGAGCAAUAUUUGAUUAACAGAUGUCCCUACUUCGCGAUUCAGCAAAAAUCAGCAGUCGCUGUCAACAGCUUGAGCCAUCUUACGAAAACGGUCGGCCGAACCGUGUGCUAUGAUAAUCACUUCAUUCGGAAGAUAAAAUGUCUAAAAGCUAUAUGUCUGUUAAUUAUUGACCCGAAAACUUGUUUCAAUAGCUUAAAAAUUGCAUCGAAACAGGCGAUUGGAAUCAUACAAAUCUGCAUUAAAACUGAUGUCCGGCAAUCCAUUUAGAUGUGAUUGUGGAGCGACAGGGUAAUGACCACGCUCGCUCGCUUGAACACCAUGCUUUUCUCUCCCAAUCUCGUUUCUAUUCGGACGCCGGACCUGCUUUUUCCGAGUAGGAGUCGAUUUCUCCUUUGAGAGUUAAAUAUUCUUCUCCGGUGAUAGCCUUUUAUUCGAAAGGAAAAAUGUUUAAGCGUCUUGAGAGAAUGAUUGACCCAAAAACAUGUUCCAAUAGCUUAAAAAUUGCUUUGGAAGCAGGCUACUGAAAUCCUACAUAUCCGAAUAUAAACUAGUGCCCGGCCGGAAUUCCAUUUGACCCAUUCCAUGUGGCUAUGCAUCGAAAAACCAAACAUCCAAUCAAGUUUUAGGUGAAACUUUCAAACGAUAUUUGAAAAAGCACUAGUUAUAAUAUGAAUUUUUUUAAAUGAAUUCAAUUUUUAUGCACCAUCCUUUGAGAAGGGCGUAUUUAAAAAACUACAUGAUUAUAUUUGAAAUAUAUUAAAUUUUCACUAUUUUCACGUUUCUUGAAACCAGCGUUUCAUAAACAGGUACUUUGAAGCGUGGUCUCGUCACAAAAUAGAGCUUUUUUUUUAGUUUAUCAAAUAAACAUAAGUUCAAACAUUUUUACACUCGCAUAUCUCUUAACAAAAAAUGAUGAUCAACAGCCCACAAUAUUUGGUUAAGUUCUGUCCACAAAUAGAGGAGUAUCGUAUGUCUCAAGAAGUUCCUGUCACGUCACGAAAAUUAUACGAUCCAUCCAGCGUAGCGUCACAAAUUUUCGAUUCACUACAAACACUUUUUUUUGCAUGUUCAUGUAUAAAUCGCACAGAAUAAAACGAUGUUUGUGUAACAUAAAAUAAAAUAAUCAUACAAGAACCAUCAGUUGGAUUCAGUUGAAUUCUUUAGUGACGUGACAACACCUGAGGAUGGGUUUAGACUAGUGAUAUAUUCAUGUGAAGAAAUAUGAUAAGAUUUAUAGAAAUCGCAUCAACCGUUUACACUAGCGUGAACUUCUAUAAUGAAUAUCUUCAUAUUUUCGGUGAAUUUAUUUACCUGAAGUAGAACUGCAUCCAACUUUAGUGAUUUCUCACCAGUGAGAAAUUCACAAGCGUUUACAUAUGCUUAAUUUAUUCAAGUUAUAUAUUCCUCGAAUAAGUGUAUCAUAUUUAUUCUCACCCGUUUACACCUAUUUUCAGGUGAAUAAAUCCAUCUAUAGCUAUAGAUCUCCCUAGUGUAAACCCGCCAUGACUUUGGGUUUCGUUCGGACUCUUGAACAUUAAUGAUUAAUUUAAUUAAUUUCAGUUUCGUAGAUUCCAGAAUAUAGAAUAUAAUUUGGUGUCGACUUCGGUUUGCGGAACAUAAUAAAUGACAAAAAAAUGGAAGAUCCAUAAGAUGUGGGUUUUUUUUUCUCUUUUAUAGUGAAUUUCAACACAUUUCGGCUGGUUCGUCACUUCUAUAAGAUAUGGGUGUGGGGAACAGGUGCCUUACCAUAAGUAAUUAAAAUUGCCUUGUUUUGUAAUAUUUCUCAAUCUAAAAGAACAUUGAACUCAUUUUUCAUACAGCCAAAAAAUAAUUCUUUGUUUUUAAAUCAAUGAAAAUGGUUGGUCCUUCAGAAGGGGAAGGCGAAAUCUCUCAGUGAGAAAUAUUCAAGAUAGAACUUACAUAACAAUAGUUUCUAGCAUGCUACAAUACGGUGAAAUGCAUAUUGAAUACACUUCAUUGAUUUUGUGACGUGACAACGCUUUGAGGAGACUAUAUUCGCACAGAGCGUGUUAUCAUGCUGAUCUUUGCCAGAAACCACAAAAGUCAGGUGGUGUCACGUCACAGAAGUAUUGGACUGGCAACACGCGAAUUCAACUAUAAAAUAUUCUCCAACUAAUGAUUCAUGUAGGAAAUUUUCUCAAUUUUACUUUGUAAUCGUUUGCUUUCCAGAAAUCAUGUGGGUUAUACAUGAAAACUAAAAAAACUGUUUUAGUGAGUCAAAACGUUGCCACGUCACGUUAGAAUGAAUCAUUUAAUUGUGAUUGGAAAAUGGUCUCGCUCGCUCGUCUAAGCACUAUGCUCUUCUCCCCAAUGCCAUUUCUUUUCUGCCGACGGAGGGAACGGAUUUAACGAAAAGUAUCGAUGAUAAUUCGAUACAGAUUGAUGCAGAAGUGGUAUGAUGAUCACUUCAUUUGAAAGAUAAAAUGUCCAAGAGUUAUAUGAUUAUUACUUAUUCAUCCAAAAACAUGUUUUAAUAGCUCAAAAUCUGCUAUUGCUAUUGAGCUAUUGAAAUCAUAAUGAUUUAACUCAUUGACGAUGCUUGCAUUUAUGCUGCGUAAAUUCUGCAUUCGACUAUCCAUGUAUGAUAGAGAACCGAACAAAAACUUACACCUUAAAAACCAUAAACUUUGAAGUUUUUCACUUCUAAAAUGUUACUCAAAUCCACUAAUUUGGAAGUUUCACAACUGUAUUCUGUAGAACAUUUCCUUAUCUUUCAAUCUUUCAAAUGGAAGGAAGCAACAGAAUUGUCCUAAGCAGCGUAAUUUGAACUAGGCAAGCAGGGCCCGAAGGAACGAAAAAGUUCAAUAACUCUGUCAUUGUUAGAAUUCGAACAUAUGCGUAGGAGGAUUUUUAUCAUCAAAUAUGAUCCUCUAUCACCUUCUGAAAGAAUUCGGAUUUUUUAUAUGAGAAACGUAUUCAAGACUUUAAGGGGAUGAAUCAAAAAUUCAAUUCUUCGUUUAUAAUCAAAAAACGAAAAAAAAACAAAUAAAAAAUUUUUUUCUUUACUCGAUUAUAUACAGCAUUCGAUGAUAUACAGUGAAAAGAAAUAGAAGACUAUAUAUUUAAUCGAGUCCGCGCUGUAGUUGCAACGAAUCUCAUAAUAUUGCCAUAAUCAGUGCACCAUUAGUGUUCAAUAAAUGCACCGCAGAUAAAUGACCACUGAUUAUAGCAACCGCUCCAAAACCCCCGAGAACAACAUUUCACUCUCGAGAAUCUCUCCGUCCGUUUGACCGCUAAUGACCAUAUGGAGAAGACACAUUCGGCGAGAGCACAUAUAUUUUUUUCCGCGCUUUUUCUGUUGAUUUGAUCUACUCGCACAACCGCCCCGGAUUAUCUCUCCCUCUACUACUGGUCACCACCUCACGGGCAGACAAUAGUAAGUAAAACACGCCAGAAGUUUGGGAUUCAGUCCUGUAGUUAGUCUCUGGCAGGAAGCACGUGUUCACGGUUGUGUAUUGGUUCUGCAAAAGGUUUUUGGGAGAAUUUAAUCGAGUGGUGGUGCAGAUUUUUAUGGCAUUGAAUGGGAGCAAGUGUUUUUGCUGCUGAGCUCUUGUUGAUUCAGCUCGGGAGAACGUUAUGAGCAAUUGAUAACAGAGCUUUAGAAUACAGCGCGAAUCGCAAUUGUUUGACGAACGGAAAAAGUGAAUAUAAAAACGAUAAUCAAUUAGCAGAUCGCAUUAUAAAAUUUCGUGGACAAAAACAGCAAAAAUGGAUUUCAGCAGCCAAUCUCUCCAUCGCUUGUAUGGGCGCUAGCAUGGCCUGGACAUCACCCAUCGAAUCGAAACUGCAGAACCUCGCUGAAUCACCCCUCUCCGUAAUACCAACCCCGAACGAGCUCUCAUGGAUAGGAUCAAUCUUGACGCUGGGAUCGUUAACCGGUCCAACAUUCGCCGGCCUCGUUGCGUACCGCUUCGGGCGAAAGCUGGCACUGCUGUCCAGCGCGAUAUUCUUCCUGCUUGCCUGCGUGUUGUUUCUCACCGCGAGCACUGUGGCGCAAAUUCUGGUCGGACGUUUCGUCCAGGGUUGUGGGAUAGGCUUCGCCAUCACCAUCACCCCAAUGUACGUUUGCGAAAUCGCGACCGCUAACCGGCGGGGUGCCCUGGUGUCGUUGGUCCAAACCUACAUGACGCUGGGAAUGCUACACGACUACGCGAUCGGUCCGUACGUCAGCUUUGUCACCUUCCAGUGGAUUAUGAUGGUCCUGCCGUUGAUAUUUUUGUUGUGUUUCCUGCCCAUGCCGGAAACUCCUCACUAUUACGUGUCGAGGGGGAACUACCCGGCCGCGGCUGAUUCCCUAUCGUAUAUUCGCGGGAAACACAUUUCUGAACUUGAAACCGAGUUUGAAUCAAUCCAGCAAUCAGUGAGAGAAUCCAUGGAGAACCGGGGAAGCUUGAAAGACCUCUACCGUGAUCCGGUGAAUCUACGAGCCCUUACCAUCUGCACUGGAGCGCUAAUCUUCCAACAACUCUCCGGAAUCAAUCCGGUGCAGUUUUUCGCGCAAACUAUUUUUGACAAGACGGGAACCGACAUGGCUGCCGAUGUUUCCGCCAUCAUUUUGGGUGUGUUCCAGGUCAUCUCCAGUAUCGUAACGGUGCUGAUCACCGAUAGGGUCGGUCGCAAGCCCUUCUUGCUAUGCUCUGCGGCGGGCAUGUGCAUCUCCCUCACCGCUCUCGGAACUUACUUCCAGCUGGACAGUACGGGUUCGGCAGAUAACCUUUCCGCCCUACCGGUGGUAUCGUUGGUGCUUUUCGUGGUAAUGUUCUGCAGCGGAUACGGGCCAAUCCCGUGGCUACUCCUCGGGGAGAUGUUCGCGCCCAGCAUCAAAUCGAUAGCUUCGUCGAUCGUUUCAUCGAUCUGCUGGCUCAGCUCGUUUAUCAUUUUGUUCUACUUCACCGCCCUGGACGAGGCAGUCGGAUCGCAAUGGUUGUUCUGGAUCUUUGCCAUUUGCUGUGGUGGUGCCUUCGUAUUUACGUAUCUGUUUGUGGUGGAAACCAAAGGACUCAGCCUGCCGGAAAUUCAAGCCCGGCUAGGUGUGAAGGGAGCAAAUCAUAUAAGUAAACGUAACAAUAAUAAUAAUGACACUAGCGCUGAGUAAUGAAUGAAGAUGGAAAUAAAUAAAUA